GAUCAUACGAAUAAUGUUGUUUGUGGAAUGAGGGAAUCAAAUAUUUCUGGCUUUGUUCUUGUACAUCGGGGUGCCUACAAUUCCUCUGCAUCUCUGCCAUAUUCACAGCUCAUCUACUUUACUGCGAGCAGAUAGCCUGCUUCAGUCAUUUUAUAUGCAAAGACAUUGAAUAGUCAACAUCCCCUCAUCAGGAACCAAAUGAAGCUUUGUUGAGCAAGCAGACGGGCAAUGUCUCCGUUUUAGAGACCCUUUCUCUUAAUCCAUUUAUAUCUGUGUGAAACAGGUAUCAGUAGCAUGGUUUUUAAAGAACUGGGUAUAGAAAUUGAAAGGUUUAAUUUCCAGGUUCAUAAUGAUAACAGUAAACUCAAACUAUAGUUUUCUUUUAGAAAUUCAAUGGAAUAGUCCUCUCUCUCUCUCUCUCCCUAUGUAGAUGGCCUUAAACAUUUGAGUCUCCUAUGUCCUCCUUCCAAGUUCCAGGAUUACAGGAAUGAGGCACUAUACCCUGCUUUCCUUUUGAGACAGACUUCUUUUUUUUUUUUUUUUUUUUUUUUUUUCUGAGGCAGGGUUUCUCUGUGUAGCCCUGGCUGUCCUGGAACUCACUCUGUAGACCAGGCUGGCCUCGAACUCAGAAAUCCGCCUGCCUCUGCCUCCCGAGUGCUGGGAUGAAAGGCGCGCGCCACCACCGCGCAGCUGAGACAGAAACUUCUUAUGAAGGCCAGGGUGACCUCUAAAUCUUGGCACUCCUCCAGCCUCACCCUACCCAGUACUGAUACAUAAACCUUCACUGCCAAGGGCAGUUUGAUAGGCUACUUCUAGGCUUCAGUUUCCUUCUAUGUAAAGGGAAUUCCUGAAAUUGUAGAGUUGGCAGAUUCACUAAAACAUGAAGCAACCAGAAAGUAUACCCCGAAGGGAAUGUCCUUAACAUUAAAAAUUAUUCUACAUUUGUCUGCAAUUCAGAAUUAACUGGCCACUCCCGUUUUAUCUAGCAGCACUGUACCCGCAAUACAGUGUAGGCAAUACGUGUACAAUGCAUAUUAAGUCCUUAUUACUGUACACAGCAAUUAGUGAGAGCUCUGUACAUUUUUGUUGUUGCUGUGUUGCCUUUUAUUACUGGUUUUUAAUUUGGGAGACAGAGUCUCAGAAAAUCUUUAGUAAAAUUUGGAUCUGAUUCCAAAGCCCCAUUUCCCCUCUAAAAUCUGCUCUGCAUAGAGUUUCCACGGCACUUCAGUCAGAAGAAGGUAGCGUUGUUCUCAAGAAAGCUUCCCGGUCCCCACACUUUCAAAGCCAAGGGGCUGUUCGGGCCGUCGCGGCAGCCCCAGCACACGCGUCGCGGGCGGACACUCGCGCGUCCCGCGCCAGCUCGUCCACUCAGCAGCCGCGCCGCGCCUCGGUCGCCCUCCCAUAGGUCCUUCCGGGCGACAGGCGAGGGCUUUUCAUUUUCCCGCCUGCACGCCCAGCUCCGUAAACCUCAGCGUCCCCUCGCUUUGCCUUCCGAGCCCGCUCCACCCUUCCGGACGCCACCUUCCCCCCCACCCGCCUGCAGGACGACAGCUCGGAGGGGCGGCCGCCGCCCUGAAAUAUACGAGUAAAUGGGUCCAGUAAUUGGAAUGACUCCAGAUAAGAGAGCUGAGACCCCGGGAGCUGAGAAGGUUGCAGGACUGAGUCAGAUUUACAAAAUGGGAAGUUUGCCUGAAGCUGGGGAUGCUGCCAGGCCAAAGGCCACUCUUGUGGGCAGUGAGUCAGCAGAUGACGAGCUAACAAACUUGAACUGGCUUCAUGAGAGCAGUAACCUUCUAACAAACCUCAGACUUGGAAGUGAAGGCCUUCCCAUGGUCAGUCCGCUGUAUGACAUAGAGGGAGAUGAGAUGCCAUCCUUUGGACCAUCGUGCUACCAGAACCCAGAAAAAAAAUCAGCAACUUCAAAGCCCCCGUACUCCUUUAGUCUUCUCAUUUAUAUGGCUAUUGAACACUCGCCAAAUAAAUGUUUGCCUGUCAAAGAAAUUUACAGCUGGAUUCUGGAUCGCUUCCCAUACUUUGCCACUGCACCUACAGGCUGGAAGAAUUCUGUUCGGCAUAAUCUAUCCCUGAAUAAAUGUUUUCAGAAAGUGGAAAGAAGUCAUGGCAAGGUUAAUGGAAAAGGCUCCUUGUGGUGCGUUGAUCCAGAAUAUAAGCCCAAUCUUAUGCAGGCCUUAAAGAAGCAGCCUUUUUCUUCUCCACAAAGUGCUGCUUUAUCACCUCACUGCUUAAGCUCUGCUCUCAAGCAAAGCCAAGUGCAAACUCUCCAAGAAUCUGACAUUGAUGCAGCCACUGCAAUGAUACUUUUAAAUACUUCAAUAGAACAAGAGAUUUUAGAAUGUGAGAAGCCACUGCCUCUUAAAACAUCACUGCAGAAGAAGAGGAGUUACGGCAGCGCGUUCAGUGCCCCCGGUGCUGUGCGACUGCAGGAGAGCCCGUCUCCAACCGCCGGCAUCGACCCAAAAGCCGACCAUAACUACAGUGCCAACAGCGUGGCGGCCCAGCGCUGCGCAUCCAGGGCGAGCAUGUCUUCUCUGUCCUCUGUGGAUGAGGUGUAUGAAUUCAUCCCAAAGAGCAGCCACGGCGGGAGCGACGGUAGCGAAGGCUUCCACAGCGACGAGGAGACGGAUGCGGAGGACGAGGAGGAUCCUCUGGGAGACAGUGGCUACGCACCGCAAGCUCGUGGACACAGUACUCUGAAAGGGCAGCCAGGCAAAAAGAUCCCAAAACAGUCCUGUCAAGAGAUUGAUGAGGAGCUCAAAGAGGCAGCCGGGUCGCUGCUCCACCUUGCUGGAAUCCGCACCUGCCUUGGUUCCCUGAUAAGUACUGCGAAGGCACAGAGUCAGAAGCACCGGGAAAAGUAGACAUGCGCAGAGUGUGAAGUUACUCUAAAGUUACUCUAAAGUUACUCUUCUACUCAACUUUUACAGGGAUGUCAGAGCCAUAGCGGACGGACGGACGGACGGACCUCUUCAGCUGAGGGUGGGGGAGGGGGCCACUUGUUUCUUUCUAAGUCUGUUUUGGUUGCUUUUCUUUUUUUUUGUUUAAUUAAUCAGUUGCUCUUAGGAUCAUGCCUAAUUGUAAAUCUGACAUAAAUGGCCCCACAAUUUAAUUUCUGUGAAUAAGUGUCUCCCAGAUUUGGAAAAUUUUGUAUAGGAGAAUUCUCAGCCUCUGUCUUAAACUUACAGGAAAAAAAGUCCCUUUUUUUAAUCGGUAAAAAAUUGGUAACUCGGACUUUUCAUUUUUCUUCCCAUUCUGCUAUUAACUAGUUACUGGCAUCUUUCUCACAUGCUUCUCUCCUGACACACUGCAGAAGGGUGGAAUGGGGAUCUUUUGUCUUUGUUUUCAGGUUACUCUUUGUUACAGCAUGAGCAUAGCCUUUUGAAUUGGAAAGAUCCUAGAUGCCUAGAAGGUUCUCUGGUUUGUAGAGAAUAUAACUGCUCUAAGGAUUAGGAAAGGCCAUUUGGGGAUGUGGCCAUCUUAAGACUAAUUCCUCCUGCAAUAGUUAUCUUUGAAAUGUUUUUACCUCGCAGUUAAUGCAUAGCUUCACUGGGGCCUUUACCUUUUCCCAGAAUACUCUGCAAGUGUUUAAGUUUUAGCUGCUAGCUGUCUUAGUUAAGUAAGAAUUGUCUGAUGAGAGGAUACAGCCAGAGCGUGUCAUGGAAUGACAGUCAUCGUGACACACUUGUACCGAAAGAGAUCCUUGCAUUUGUUUUCUCAGCGUACUGUAAUGAAGAUGUGUUAUGACAUCAUAAGUAAAGGAAAGUCAUCGAGGGCAAGACUCUCCAAACUUUGUAUAAUUGAAAUUAAAUGUGUAAUGAAUUAGAUUUAAAACAUUAUUAAAUGUUCCCAUUAAGGAAAAUACAGAGAUAAAUAUCUUCAGGGAUUUCAAAAUAUAUGUAAAAAUUGGAUCUUACACAAAACUCUUUGAGAAGGCAAUGUAAUACCUGUAUGUGCCAUUAAUCCACGCUAAAAGAUUUUUUUAUACUACUAUUUCAAAAGUGCAUUGGCUAAGAUAUUUUAAGUAUUUGAAUGGAACUGCUUAUAUAAGUCAGUUUUCAUAUCACUUACAGUUUGAUUAUAGUAUUUAGAGCAGGGAUACUAAUACUAUAACUCACAUAUAUAUUUUUUUACAGUGGUGAGAGAAACUUUGGGAAAGUUUAGUCUUAUUUCAUGAUACGUCCUGUAUUCUAGACAGCAACCUUUGAAUUUUUCUCAUUUAUAUGGAUAUAUAUACACUUGCUAUAUGCAACAUACAUAGGCUCAGGUUAGUUUCCUGCUUUCAAAUGUUUUUAUGACUAUGGACUUUUUUAAAGAGACAAAUGUUUUUAUUUUUACUUCUAAUUUCUUUCUGGGCAAUACUGUCAAAUGAGAAGAAAAACAGAAGCCCUGUUUCUUAAUUGACACCACUUAAGCUAUAACAGUAUUGAUAUACUCCCGUUUCCAUGUUAGUUGUAAUUAAAUCUGGAUAGCCGACUUAAUGGAAUUGGUGCUACUAAAAUAUAGACAUUUUUCUUUUAUUGAUAAUGCAGGAUGAAGAAUUUGGAAUUUUUCUAAUUCAUAAAUGUCAUCUUUCUAGAAAACAGUUAAAUGAAGUUAGUUUUUACUGCAGUGAAUAAAACACCAAGCAGAAGUGUGAAGUGUGGUCUUAUCGUGGUACAAGUCUUAAAGAGAUGGUAGAGUUCAGUGGAUAGCAGGGAAUUGUGAAGCAGGUCACCACGCCCUUCUGGGUGGACCUGUCACAGGGUCACCACAUUCCGUGCUUCACCAGCAGUAUGUCUCUCAAGGCCCUGUGCAGCGGGCAUGUUGUUCUGCAAAUGGAGGAAAAUGGUCUGAAGUAGGAGGAAAGAGUUGUUCUCAGCUCCAAGAGAAAGACCUCUCCAGAAUUCGUGUUUAGGCAGUAACUUAAAUUCCUUUCCCUCCUCCUUCAAAUGGCCUCUUACUUAAAGCAACAGCCAUUAGCAAGGAUGAUGCAUGCCCGUGCACUCAAGACUAAUAAGCAGUGUUCUCUAACACCUUGCACUUGGCUCUCUUACAAGGAUUCGAUUUCUCACUUUUCAUUUGCUGCUGUGUCUAAGCAUCCUCCUUCAAGGGGAGAGAGAGCCUUUGAGAUCUGGUCCCUUGUGAUGUUCUUAGAGACAGAUUAUGCUCCUGUUUGGUGUGCUCAGAUUGAAGCCUGGCUUGGAACCAUCCAGGCGACGAAUUGUAUGGGCUAGAAAUUCCCAAUAGAUAACAAGCUUUGUGUAUGAAGUAAACACGGCUUAGAAAUCCAGGGACAGCCCAGGUCUCAGUGAUUUAAAGCUGGUGUUGGCUAAGGUAUACUCUGCCUUACACCGAAACAAGAAUUUGGUUGGAACGAAUUCCAUUUCUAAGGGAUGCCUAAAAGAAGUUGUGUCCUACUUAGCACUGUUAGCUUCAUUUUCCACUUUGCCAAGAGAAUCAGUGUUUCUUGAGUAUGACUUUGAAAUUUGUGCAAUAUAUUACUAAAAUAGUUGAUUUUUUUUUUUUUUUUUUUUUGCUUUCAAAUUUAGAACGAAACAUUGCCUAGAUCAGUAGAAAAGCAAGGGGUGUGUCACCCCCUUUCCUUGGAGCCUUUUCUGCUCUCAUAGCCAGCUCUACUUCUCUUGACUGGGAUUCCUUUGUACAUUGUAAAGUUGAGCAUAUGUUCUCAGUGCUUUCUGAGGCAUUAUGUAAAGGGUUCAUACUAGAUGGUCAGUUAGAUACAUGUUAGCAUUAGCGUAGUUCAAAGCUGGAGCAGGCGUUGAGGGAAUGCUUGUGUCUUGUAGACUGGAGGCCUUUUCAGUAGCUUAGGCUGUUGUCCCAGAUGGACAGCAGCUUAAUGCCUUUUGAAAACUAUAUAAAGCGACUUUUGAGGCUUUCAGGUUUACAUGUAUGUCGUAGGUAUUUUUUUUUAAUUUUGAAAUGUUUAAGUUUUAAUUAAAGUUUACUCCAGUAUGUUAAUGAUGUAGUCAAAUAUUUAUUGAAAGGCAAAAUAGAAUAUUUUAAUGUUAUCCCUGCCAUUUUUCAAGAAUAUUCUUUGCAUCUAACUGCCAGUGCCAUUGUCAAACUUGUUUUCAAAAUUGUUGUACUUUUUUAUUAAACAGAGUGCUUAAUUUUAAAGUAUUAUGUUGCCAUCAUAUAGUGUAUAAAAUGUAAAAUUGCCAAUUCAUUGUACCUAUUAUUUAUUUUUAAACUAAAGUAUAAGAAUACCUUUUGAUUGAAGAAAUUUGUUAUUAAAUUGUUUUUUUUCUGAUGUAGCAUAAAAUCUUCUGAGUUUAACUGCCAAUAGAUGACCAGCCACAAGUGAACCACUUCUCAGUUGCCAGCCUUGCUUAUAGCAGAAGCAACUUACAAACAUUUAGUUUUUGUAUCUAAUCUCUGACUAUUAAAAUGUUUAUAAAGUUUAUUUUUACCAAAGAGAUGCAAUUCAUUAUGAUAAAGUUGCAGAAUAAAUGUCGUUUUAUAACACUU